GGUCGUUUGAAUGAGCGUAGGUAAAUUAGUUUGGAGUUUGAUACAGGGUGUUGUUUCUUUUCGAGCCAUAGGCUCCAUGUGUGGAUAUGAUUCUUUCGACCUUUCGUGUGGCCCAUCAUUCUCUCUCUCUCUCUCUUUCACUACCAUUUGCUACGAUCAAUGGACUUCAGAAUGCUUGCCCUCCCUCCAUUUGCAUCUCUCUCUCUCCUCUGCUUUUCUCUCUCUACUCUCUCUCCUCAUCACUUAAACAACGGCUAGGUCUGCGAGCAUAUGCCAACCUCCCCCAUGCACUUCUAAAUCUCUUUUGGGAUACCAACUGGUCUAAAGCCUUUCCUUAUCUUCAACCUCCCCAAAGAUUCUUUCAUUUCAGAUAUCCUAAUCCUGCAAAGAUUCAGGAUUCAUAGAAAGUUGCGGCAAAGUUUUACACAAGCUGCCCACCAAACACAACCCUACUCCUUUACCUAGGCUUCGGAACAGGAUACAUGCCUCAAAAGUUCAAAUGCCUAAAACUAUACUAGGGCUGUCGAGCUCCGUUUUCCUCCGUGUCGUUUUUUUUUUUUUCUUUUUGUGGUUAUUGCAAUUUGGCGUCUCACUGUAUCAGUAGCAUAUGGCUAUCACGACAUGCAAGAUUUUUGGUGGAAUAAUGGCAACUGAUGUAGUGAAUUAUGCUGAUCCUCGUGGGACUUUGCGUUCUGUCUCCAAAUUCUCCCAUCAUAAUGGACUACACCUUGUGAGCCAGAGGAUUGUGUUUGGGAAAUCUAAGAAGGGAGAACUUAUUGGACACAACGUCAGCUUGUUUUGUGGGGACAUUUGGGGCAUUCAAAGAAAUUCCUGCAAACCUGUGGCCCCCUUGGAACAUACCAUGCCAUGUCUCUCUUCAAGAACACAAAAUACUGAAACCCAAGAGUUCUGUAGAGACCCUGAAGAUUGCCAAGAUCUAUCUAGUGCUCAAUUUUGUGGUCGGGAUGUUGAAGAUUUACUCAAUUCUCGAAUUAGUGAGCAGCCACAGUCACGGGAAAACAAUUCUUCUUAUUCAAGUCAAGGUCUAGCAGAAGCUUGCAAGUAUGUCUAUAAUGAUGCAAAAUUUGUUAAUGAAAGGGCGCGUAAUGGCAUCAUCUUGCUCUCACGUGGCAUUAUGAGAUUGGACAAUCGUGCACGUCAGGAUGUUGCAAUUCUUGGCUCCAAAUUCUUGAAGUUGGAUGGUGAAUUAUCUCGGGCAAGAGAGGACACCGAGAAAAUUGACAAUGAUGUUAAGAGAAAAGCUGCUCAUCUGCAUCACAUAGCUAAGAUUCUGAAAGACAAAGCUCAGUCGAAACUAAAGACAGUGGCAGACAAGCAUUGGAGUGAUGGGGCAUUAAAUGAUGACUUGCGGCGAGCAGAUUUCUGUGUUAAAAGGCGUGCCAUGGAAGAUGCGUUCAUAUCUUUGGAGUUUGUCAAGAACAUCCAUGAUAUGAUGGUUGGCAAAAUGUACCAAAUGAGAAAAGGGCCCCCACUUGCUGAUAAUAUGAUGGGAGCCAUCUCACUUGAAAAGAAUGGGGAGGCUCUUAAUCUCUUCCCUGGAGAAGUUUCAACUGACCGAAUAACAGCUAUACAGGAUAUAUAUUGGAGUAUGGCAUCUGCCUUGUCUGAAGCUGAUGGAUUUGACUACACUGAUCCUGAUGAGAUCUCGAGGCCAUGGAUGGAAAACAUUGCGCCUCACUUUUGGCAGAGUGUUCAAGCUCUCCUGAUGUUGGUACAAGAGGGAUUCUUAGGGUGUAGAGGACAAAAACAUUGUCUAUUUCUCUCUCACAUGGUUCUAAAUUAUGGGACACUUUCAGUAUGGCAAGCUUUGGCCAAUGCUCUAGCAUCUGCACCAUCCAUGUGGAUUCUAGGGAAUGCAGGCAUGGGAGCUCUACAGAGACUAGCAGAAGAUAGCAAUCCAGCUGUUGCAGCAGCUGCAACCAAAGCCAUCAAUGAACUCAAAAAGCAAUGGAAACUCGAUGAAGGUGACAGUUGGAAAUUCACACUGAAUCAGAAGUUGAGAGAGUUUAAUAACAUAGAAGAAGAUGAUAGGGAAGUGGACACACCUUAGGCAUUAAAAUAAUAUUUGUAAAUAUUUAAAAUGAGUUUUAAUUACUGGUUUUAACUACUCAUGAUGUUUUCGCUCUCCUGGUUUAAAAAGAUUUGACACGCCUUGUUCACA